GCCGCCGCCGCGCUCGCCUCCGCUGCCUCCUCCCCCCGAGGACUGGGAAAGAAACCCAAAGUCGUGACUCUGGUGGAGCCCCACGUGUUUCCAAAAGCCCUUCUCUGAGUUUGGCCCACCACUAAGGCUGUGCAGCGUGAGAACUGAGUACUUUAUCACUGAUUGUGCCUGAAUGCAUCAAGCUUUGGACGCAAGCAUCUUCUCUUGAAACAGCCUUGUGAUAUCCUAGCUGCCUGAUCUCUCAGGAGAUCCCUUGGAAAAGCCUGUCCAUACAUCUGUCUGAGUGCCUGACAGGGCUGCCUUGCUCCCAGACCUGAACCAUGUCCCACCCAUCCUGGCUGCCACCCAAGAGUACCAACGAGCCUGUUGGUCACGUUACCGCAAGGAUGGAGACCACACACACCUUUGGGACUCCCAGCAUCUCGGUGUCCACCCAACAGACACCAAAGAAGUUUGCACCUGUUGUUGCCCCAAAGCCAAAGUACAAUCCAUACAAGCAACCAGGAGGUGAUGGUGACUUCCUUCCUCCACCACCUCCUCCUGUGGAUGACCUUGGAAACAUCACAUCACCACAAGGUGCCUUUCCUCCUCCACCCCCUCUGGAUGAUGUUACUUUCAAUGUGCAGGUGAAUCCUGGUGGCAAGACGCUUGAGGAGAGACGGUCCAGUUUAGAUGCAGAAAUCGACUCUCUGACCAGCAUCCUGGCUGACCUAGAGAGCAGCUCUCCCUACAAACCUCGGACUCAACAGGGCUCCGGAACCUCGAGCAGUUCCACCACCCCAUCUGUGUCCACCCCUGUCACUGGGCACAAGCGAAUGAUCAUCCCCAACCAGCCGCCCCUCACCGCCACCAAGAAAUCCACUGCCAAGGGUCCGGGGCAGCCAGCACCCAUCCCAGUCACUCCCGUGGGCACUCUGAAGCCACAGCCUGUGCCAGCCUCCUAUGCUACGGCCUCCACCCCCAGCCGCCCAGCGUUCAAUAUCCAGGUGAGGACGGCACAGCCCAGCCCGCACUACCAGCCACCAGGCCCGCAGCCCGGGCACUACGGCAGCAUGGGGCCCAGCCAGACCUACGCUCCACCGCCAUCCCGCCCGCCCGGCGCCCCGCAGUACGGCCCUCCGCAGCCCCAUGGGCCCGACUAUGGCUAUGCUCCACCACCCACCCGGCCCACAGAGCCCAACUACGGCUAUGCCCCUCCGCAAGGCCGCUACCAGGAUCCCUACUAUGGGGGGUAUGGGGGGCGGAAUGGCUCCGAAGCGCCCUACGUGCCACAGAGCUCCUGGAAGGUCGAGCCAGUAUAUCCUGCUAGUAACACCGUGGGACAGACUCCUCCUGGGCUCUACCAGCCGCCCAGCACGAAGAAGACCUACAUCACUGACCCAGUGCUGGCCCCGCAGCCACCUACACUGCAGCAAAAGAGUGGGUAUCCAAGCUCCGGACCCACAUCAAGCACUCCUGCCUUCAGGCCUGAGGAUGAGCUGGAACAUCUGACCAAGAAAAUGCUGUAUGACAUGGAGAAUCCUCCCUCUGAUGACUACUUUGGCCGCUGUGCCCGCUGUGGGGAAAAUGUUGUUGGGGAAGGCACUGGCUGCACAGCCAUGGACCAGGUUUUCCAUGUGGAGUGCUUCACCUGCAUGAUGUGCAAUAACAAGCUGAGGGGACAGCCUUUCUAUGCCGUGGAGAAGAAAGCCUACUGUGAACCCUGCUAUAUUAACACACUAGAGCAAUGCAGCGUCUGCGCAAAGCCCAUCAUGGAAAGGAUCCUGCGAGCCACAGGGAAGGCCUACCAUCCCCACUGCUUCACCUGUGUGAUGUGCCACCGCAGCCUGGAUGGCAUCCCCUUCACUGUGGAUGCCAGCGGGAACAUCCACUGCAUCGAGGAUUUCCAUAAGAAAUUUGCCCCGAGAUGUUCAGUGUGUAAGGAGCCCAUCAUGCCGGCCCCAGGACAAGAGGAGACUGUACGCAUUGUCGCCCUGGAUCGUGACUUCCAUGUCCAGUGCUACCGAUGUGAGGACUGCGGUGGCCUCCUGUCUGAAGGGGACAAUCAGGGCUGUUACCCUCUGGAUGGGCACAUCCUUUGCAAGACCUGCAACUCUGCUCGGAUCCAGGCUCUGACUGCCAAGGCCAGCACUGAUCUCUGAGUAUCAACUGUGACCCUUCCCAGGAUGCCCGUUGGGGGAUAUUGCACAAGCUUUGCAUGAUUUCUUUCCAGCCUAGGGUCUCAAUCUCUGGGUUUUUUCUUUUUUUAAAAAAAAAAAAAAAGUGAAACUGGAAGGCCUUGGAACAAGAGGGCAGUACAAGAAGCCAUGUUCAGACUGCCCAUGACAGACACCUAAUUUAGACCUGACUUUACAAGAGAGCAGCAAGUGAGUUAGACCGCCUGCUGUCUCUGCACCUGAUGGAGACAAGCAGUCACAGUAUCUAAGUUAUCUGCCUGUAGAAGGAGGUCUGAACAUGGUCCUGACAUAUACUACUUAAGAGAUAUAUUUCUGUGUUUAAAUCCUGUCUCUUAAGUAGUACAUGAAGGGAGAAGGUGAAAGAUGGCUGAGCUAGUUCUUUCUCCCAAGUUAUUUUGCGAACAUGACCAGCUGUCAUUGGAGUCAUAGGGAGCAUCUCUUUGACUUCCAUAGCAUCUGGAUCACAAGCAGAAGUAGCUCCACUGCCCUAGAAAGUGUGGGAGUAGACCCAGCACUCAUUGCAUCACAACAAAAGCAAUACAACUUCAUCUGUACUGCACCUAAGAGCAUGAGUGUGACCUUGUAUCCUUGGGACACAUAUUUGUUAUCUAUCUUUUCUUUAGUAGGCCCUUACUUGUCUUCAUUUCCUUCCAGUUCAAUAGGGCUUUUUCUUUUUCUUAUGAAAUUAUAUUUUGCUAUUGCAUAAAUUUAUUCAGUAGUGAUGCUUCCAGCUCACAAUAUAUGAGCAAUCACAGAAAGACGUGAGCUUGCACACACUACACACUAUACACUACACACACACACACACAUACACAAUGUGCUUUUGAUUUACCAGAGGAGUAAACCAACAUGUCCAUUGAGAAAGUCUUGGAAUAUAGAAACACUUUUUUUUAAUAAUCCCAGUGGUUAAAUAAAAGAAGCCUACAUAGAACUGCAGUGCAAAGUGAUGCUCAGAAGAAACCUUAUGCCACUCUCACACAGCCCGUUCCAGUGGGACCAUUGGCAGUGUUGCUUUCUGGGUAGACAUUUAAGCAAUAGAGUCUUAUUCCAUCUCCUGUUUAUUGCAAUGGGAGGAUUUUCCUUCCACUGAAUCAGUCCUUGUGAGAUACAUUUCUCUGAUGAUAACACACAUGAUCCAGAGUUCUCAUUAAAAAGCAAAAAAUAAGGAUCUUAUUUCAACAACGUCAAAAGAGAUCCUCCUAAAUCUGUGCUGACGUUUGGUUUUAUCUGAAGAAAACCAAGGAAAGGUAUUAAACCCUUCUCUAUGCCAUUCCAAAAAGUAAGCUCUUUAUUUCCCUCUUUUGUUUUCAUCCCAGCCGCUUACAACUUCUCCCUGGUGAAAUGUCACUGGAGAGAAGUGUUGGGCCAACCAGAAUUAAUAAGUAUGCCAAGGUGAAUAAAAGCUGGGUACAGGUAAUUUUGUUUCUCAUGUUGAUGGGUGUUGGUUUUUGGGUUUGUUCUUUUUUUUAGUUUGGUUAAUUAAAAAAAAGGAGAAAUCCACAGCACUGAGCAGCUAUAAUAUUCUUGUUCAUGAAACCCAUAAUAACUAAGGUGCAAAUUACAUAGUGAGGGAGUAAUUUUCAUAUCACUGAAUUGACAUUAAUAUCUUAUUUGCAGAUGUAAUCAAAGAAAAUACCUUUCUUUGCACUUAACAAAUUAAGGAGCAGAACUGAAACAGUUUCAGGCUGAUUGACCGUAUAAGUGACAAACUGGCACUUUUCAAGAGUAAGUUAUAAGAGGUUUUUUCAUCCACCUACUGGAAAACAAUAAGAAUGUGGUUCUUUCAUCUUUAUUCUCUAUAACAGAAGCCUGAUUAUAAUUAAACCCACUAAUGCUGCAAAGAAAAGUUAGAUGAACGAAACCAGUAGGAAACAAAGAGGAAAAAUGGAGAUGCUCACUGCAGCUCCUGCAAAUGGUGCUUUUCCUUUCAGUUUAGCACUAACCUUUAUGCAGGAGCACUGUGAAAUUUAACUGUAAAUUCAAAUGCAGAAAUACCAGCCUGAAAUCUCUGUUCCUUACACAGUUUAUAUAUUGGCAAACCCCAUCAGUGUCAGGGAAUUUUCCCAAAAUUCACAGCUCAGAAUGAAUCCUUCUUUGUAGAAGGGUGGCUUCAUUAACCAAAAGAAAUCGUUCACCACCACAGUGGCUGUGCUGAAGCAGUUUGCCUUUUUAUACUAAAUUUCUACCUUGGCCUUCAAGAAUUUUACUGCCUCAGACAUAAACAGAUUUUUUUGCACUGUGUCUCUUGCCAGGUUCCAUCUGGGCUCCUGCUCCCUGACCCAUAGCACAUAAGGUGCUUCUGAGCUCGCUUCUUUACAUGCAGUCUGCACCGUUACCAGUCCAAAAAGCCUCACAGCUAUUUAGCAAGUUCAGUUUGACCUAACCCUACAAAAACACAGGAGGUCGGAGCUGGGAUUGCUAACAUCAUUCUAUCCCUGUGGAGGAUUUUACAUCUAUGCAAGCACAGGGGAGGCUGUUAUGCACCCAGGUGCAGAAUAAGCCAUUCAUCAGGCAGCAAACGUAGCUCUAAUCUUCCUUAUUCUUGUUAGUGUUAAAUCAAGUGGCUGAUGAGACUCUCUUGAAUAACACUGAGGUUAUUAAUGAAAAAGAGUUAUUGUGCCUUCCUGCAGAAUGUAGCCUAGGCUAUGGAGAACAGAACUCCAGAGCUUUGGGGCUUUUUAUUGCCUUGCCAUAGGCUGGACCUGGAGCAAGUCAUAUGGCUUCUCAUCUUCUGCCCUCUGAGUGAGAGGGCUUCUUUACAGCUUUCCAGGGGCGUUGUGGGAAUUCAACUGAUCACAGAUUGGCCCAGACUACUGAUCUUUGGAGUUAUGUCUUCUCUUUCCAGAGAAGUUUGCUGGUAUGUAGGUUUGGCAUUCCAGCCCAUUUCAAAGCUAAGGGCCAGCCAGAAGAUCUAGAUCUGAACCCUCUGUGUUAUUAGGGUGCUGUGGUGAGUUGGAAUGACAUGCCAGGAGGUGAGAGCCAAACUUCUCAAGCAUUAAAUACUCCACGGAUGGAAGAUGUUUGACAAAGAUUGGGCAGUUUUGAUAUUUGAGGUACUGUGGCUAAUUUCUAGGCCUGAUACCUCUGGACAUGCUUUUGUUUUUCACCCCGAAACACCAAAGUCAUCUGCCUGUUGGAAGGAGUAAGAGUCUAAAACACUCUAUUUUGUGUAGUGCAUGUGGGUUUGGAUUCUAAAAUGGCUAUAAAUAUAUUCAGAAGAUAUUGCACAAAUGUGUGUACAUCACAGAGGCUCUCAUCACCGGCAUGUGUCUGGAAAUCUCCCCUCUCACGCUUCAGGAUUUAAUUAGGAAAUGCUGGUGGACUUAUCUCAGUUGCACUGCAAUUAAGAACCACUGGGAUAUUUCUUCAUCACACUAUUUAUCACAUAUUUAUAAUGUAUCCUGUUUUUCUGUUCCAAAGAAGGCGGCUUCUUGCCAAAGACACAUUGCUUUUCUUAAAGGUAGACUUCUCAGCCAUGAUAAAAAUCCGUGUAAUCAAUGGCUGUGGUAAUGUCCAAACUGUUCCUUUCAGAAAGAAUUGGAAGAUCACAUAGACAUUUCCAUUCAAGCCUGCAGUUUUUACUUAUGCUGCUUUGACUUUGUCUGGUAUUUGUUGACAACCAGGGCCUGUUCUCAUGAUUUUUGUGGCCAGACAGGACCCAGAAGGGUCCAGGAUCAGGUCCUAAUUUAGCAAAACAUUUAAGCUCUUGGGGUUUGUUUAAGCACAGGCUUAAAGCCAUUGCAUGGUGUGACAUAAGCCAUGGGUCUACAGUCAUUAAUACCAGAUUGAUUCUGUAUCACCCAGUCAUACAGAUUUGGUCUGGGUAGGAUGUGGGCACAGCCGGAUUUCUGUCAAAUUACUCAGAACACGUGAAACGGCUCCUGUGUCGCCUUUGUGCCAACAGCAGGAGGGCACCCGGUGGCUGAUCCAACAUUAACAUUUGGACAACAGGAGGAUGAGUUAUUACAAGAUGAGUGCUUUGUGUCACUUGGCUGUGGCACUUUCCAUAUGUCAUAAGUAGCCCUACAGCCAGAUUUACUAUAUCUUUGAACCGUGGCUUUAAAACUGUCUACUUAAACUUUCUCCAGAAGAUUGGGUUGCCUUGGUUACAGCCCAAUCCUUAAGCAUAUCCCCAAGGCUAACAGUAGUAUUCUGUGAAUGUGAUGGUUUUAUUGUCACUUAUUUUAAUCGUUGCCUGAACGUUGCUUUAAAAAGCAGGAAGCAACAGCAUUGCCUUGGCCUAUCUGAUAACGCACCUUUCGUUUUGGUUUUGGUUUUUAAUAGUUUAAUUCUUAGAUUUUUACCAUGGCUGCAAAACACUUGGGUAACAACUUAAUCAUAGAGGUGUGGGAGUACCAAAGUGUUUAUCACAGUGAACUCUACAUUACAGUGUUCAUCCUGACGGCAGGAGCGAGACUUUCAUGAGACAUAGGCCUUGGGCUGGUUUUCUGCCUGUCAGCAAUAUGUGCCUGAGAAUAAUGAGAAGAAAAGUGUCCUUUAGAGAAAUGGUGAUUGUUGGAGUGAAUAAGUCAUACUGAAAACCCCCUGGACCUGCUAUGCUGCUGCCUGGCCGUGGCCAGCCAAGCCUAGUUUGGGUAUGGUAAAUGCUGGUUCCUCUUGAUUUGGAGAAGGUCCAGCAGAAGAGGGAUAACAGGGCCCAAGAGAAGGUCCUCGAGGAAAAUCCUGUGCCUUUACUUCCUUCAGUAUCAGAGAUAAAUGUUAGACACCUGGUGCUUCAGCUGAAUGGCUCAGAAGGAUUUGGGUUUAUAACUGUUUUCUGUUGAUGCCCGGUUCCUGCAGUUGGUUCCUAGUAUGGAUUUGCUCUUUGUUCUCCGUGUUGGGUUGACUAUGCCUUAUAUAGACUUUAGCACUGUAAUUCUGGGCUGUCAGAGAGAGAGGUGCUGAGGAAUCUCAGUGUGGUGAAAUUCCCAUGAGAAAACACUAGUGAUGGUAAUUGAGGUUUUGUUGCCAAAGGAUAGCAGGAACUCUUUGUACUUUAUUAACUUGCAGAUGGUACUAAGAGAGAGCUGUGAGAACACUAUUUCCAGUUAGAGCUGGUCACAAUUUUUACACUAAAUUUUGUGAUGUCAGAAGAGCCAUUUUUUUAAAUGAGAAAUUCUCUCUUUUUGCAAUGGGGGUGGGGUGCUUUUAUAAUUAAAACCAUUUUGAGUUUUUAUCUAAAUAAAUUUCAGGAUUGUUAACAAAUAUUUUCAUUUGUCAAAAACCCCAUGUCAUCUUUCUCAUUUUACUGUAGUUCUUGGGUUUCUUCUGCUCUGAUGAUUUUGAAAACUUCUUUGGAUAAAAAUUCUGUUUAAAAAUAAUCACAUGUGUUCUUGGGAAAUGGUUCAAUAUUGGACCUGGUGAAAUAGAAAGAGCUUUGAAUUUUUCACAAGAUAGACUUUCCCUAUUUUUAACUGGUUUUGCUAAUUUUGAAGUCACUGUUUCCUUUGUUAGAACAAUCCAAAUAAUGUGACUCUUCUUAAAAUAACAGUGUUACUUCUGUUGGGUUCAUUUUUCUUUCCUAUCUAAAAGCCAUGGCAUGGCUGGCUAUGAGGAGUGCCAGGGUCUUUUUUUUCUGUGGCAAUUGCUGUUUUCUUCUUUGGGUUUUUUUCCCCCUGAAAUUACUGAUGAAUAUAAGCACAUUGUGGCAACUGCCAUGAAGAUCAAGGGAUACUGAUUGAACUUCAUCUACACAUACAUUUCUGGGCUCGGGAAUGGCAUUUCUUCUUAAACAUUUCUAGAAAUACUACUUGGCUUCCUCAGCAUUUCAAGUUUGACUUUGCAACAGUCGAUUGGCAUUCAGAGCAUGAGAGGGAGUAGACUUUAAACUUGUGAAAUUAUAACUUUCACCCAGCAGAUAAAAAUCUAAGAGAAAACCCAUAACCUCGGUAGGUUUCCAUCUGGGUGUUGAGGAAUAACUCUCAUUUCAGCCUGCAAACUCUAGGCUGUGGUCUGAAAAAACUAAGCUCAAGCACUUGCAGACCUCUCUGGCACGUGCUGUCACACUCAGACGUGAGGUGGUCGUGGGGCUACAACUAAGCAGAAAUACAGGCUGCAAUGUGGAGCGCUGCUACUCAUACGCCACUGGGCUUUAUCACUGGCUACCUCUUCCUGGUCGUUUUAGCUUCACGUUAGCUGUGGAAGCAAUGGGGUUGAUGACUGCUAUCAAGAGCAUUCAGUUCAAAUUACUACUUUUUAAAAAUGUUGCUGUUUAUCCACAUUUCUCAGCAUACCUAGAUCUUCUAGAAAAUGAGGAAGGAAACAGAAGCCCCAGGUAGUGGCAUUACCUUUACAUUUCCAGGGGUUAGAGUCCCUCACCAGCAACAGGACACUUGGGACGUCUCUGCUGUUUUGCCUCUGUCUCCCUUUGUCCACAAGCAGCUCUUACUCACUUUUUCCAUUUGCUCAACGUGUACCCGUCUUUCCAGUGAAGAUGGUAUGUUACUUACUUCACAGGGGCAUUGUGAGUCUUAGCUAGUAGCUGGAAAAACUUUUCCAGAUCUUUAAUCAAGUAGUUUUGUGCAUCCAUAGUAUCAGUGGCCUGCCACAUGGAUAUCAAAGAAAAUGAUUAUAAUUAUUGCUUUUUAAAUGAUUAUGAAAUUGUGCCUUACUUUUUCAGUCAUAUUUAACCAUGUAAUUUAGAACCACAUGAUUGCAGGGAUUUAUCGUGAAGAAAUUUGUUUGAAGGAUAGUUUGUUUGGGUUUAAGUAUUUUUUUUUCCUCCAAAACUGAAUUUAUUAGUUUUUCCUCUUUUAUUUUCUCCUCCAGUUUUAUUCUUUUAAUAUGUUUGUGUAAAAAGGCAGCCAGAAUUUGCAUUCGUGAGAGACACAAGAUUUUAUUUGGUCUUGUACGUGGAGCUUUCAUUUUCUUUUAUGUUCCUUCAGGAAAAUUCCUCUCUGCCUGAUUACUCAUACUUAGAUGUCUUUAAAUGCAGGCUGACCAGUAAGGGGGUUUUGUUGUUGUUUAAUUUAGUGUGUGAUUUGCUUUGUGGAGUUUUCUUUUUAAUUAACCAGAUAUUGGGUACUGGGGAGGCAGAAUGUUAAUGUUAAUUUUCAUAGAAAAGACAAAAUUAGAGUCUUUCCCUGUCUCCAGUGCAGUUUUUUUACUGUUCUGUGUACAGUGCUAAUAUUAAGCCAGACUGUAAAGGGAAAAUACUCAGUGACCUACUUCCAUUCACCAGCAAGAAUCCUUUGUCAGCUGACUCUUGUUUGUUUGUUCAUUUUUAAAUGUUGGAUUACAGAACGAGCAUCUCCGAAAGAUGAAAGAAAACAGUGUUUUCAUGUGCAGGAAAUUUGGGGUCGCAGUAACUGAACAUUUUCUUUGUGAAUUUGGAUGUCAUGGUGUUUUAAGCUCCUGCCUGGAGCCUAAAUCAAUUUGGCCUCUCAUCCAGUUCAUCUCACUGGUGCUUCUAAAAGGCUGCAGCCCUGCAAAAGCUCAUGCAGCAUUUUUGGCUGCUUUCCCUUGCUCCCAUUUGGUACAUAUUUGCACAAUUUAACUGAGCUUUUCUUUCUGCUGAAGGUCAGAUGCAAGCGAUACGAAACACUAAACUUUAUAAACAGGCAAAGCCAUUUCAACCACAGCAUUUUGGACCAGGAUAGAUUUUUAGGUGGCACACUGUCUGCUGGCCUUUGGAGAGGGGAUCCUGAGACUGCAUUGGAUUGGAACAGGAUGCAAAGCCACAAGCCUUGGUUUUUUUAAUAAACUACUUACUGUAAUCCAUCUACACAGUUUCAACCUCACACUUCAGAAGAAGCUUCCAGCAACAGUGCACGUACAGGCGCUUUCUCUCUUGCAGAAAGUGAAACUUUCCCAACCAGAGUAAAUUUAACCUAUUGCAUAAGAUGCUGGAAGUUUUUGAAGUUGGUUUCUUCUUUUUUUUUUUUCCUUGGGAUUCUCACUGUAACCUCUGUGUGCAGAGGAUGAAUAGUUUUUCUUUUUCCCCUCUGUUUUUUGAUAAGAUUAGAUGUUGCAUAUUGAUGAGCUAGCAUUUCAAAGGUCCGUGGGGCUUUGGAACGUAUUAAGAAUCUCUGAAGUUUAAUAUUCACCAUGUUUUAAAUAUUCAGAAGGAAAAAUCUGCAUAAAAUGGCUUUUGAUAAAUAUAUUCUAGGGAUUCUUUCUUUCUAUCUUACGCAAGUGUUGUGGGGAUUGUGGCUGUGCCAGUUUUGUUCCGAAGUGUCUUUUGUUUCAGUGUUUCAGGACCAUCUUGAUCCCAUUUGUAUGCCCAGUACUUGUUCUGAAGUCUUUUAUGGUUUCUACUGUAACUGUACAGCAGGCAGGUGGAUGUGAGUGAGGCAAAGGCGCAGCCAAGAAUGGUAACUCCUGAGUGUCUGUUUCAUGGCUUCCAUCCUUAUGACAGCAGGUCAUGACCAGCCUCUUUCUGUGCCUGCUUUUUGUGAUGCCCAUUGGGAUUAGGCUAGUGGCCAGGCCUGGCUGAGGUCCUUCUGCAAAGGUGCUCCACACCAGGGGAGAUUUGAGAGUGGAGAGGACAAGAUCCUAGGUGAAGGAGCAAAACAAAGAUCCUAGGUGAAAGAGCAAAACAAAGUGCCAUUCAGCGCAUCUCAGACCUCACAGAGCAGUUUCAUUUUCCUCGGAUGUCUCUCUUUAGUAAAAGCCUCAGCUGUAAGAGAAGUGCUUUUAGGAGAACUCCCCUGCUUGGGGAUGCCCUAUUUCCUAUACUCUUCAAAACACAAUUGAAGCUUUAAAUGAGGAGGAUCAGUUACAGGCUGCAAACAUGCAGCUAUUUUACUGUAUUAUUAACUCACUUGCCUUCCCUCAACAUCCCAUAGUUUGUGCCAUGGUGUGCAGGACAGCUUCUUUGGUCUGCUCACACACAGCCUUAACUUUGUCAUGCCAGUCCCUGUUGAAUCAGCGCCUGGUACUUGUUCUCAAGACAGCGCUGGCUUGGGCCAAGGGCAUCUCAUGCUCCUAUGCAAAAAGGUGGUGGUGCUUCUUUCAGGUUUUGACUUGCAAAUAAUGCAGCCCUUUAAAACUCACCUCUCCCCUCUCACAUAUUCCUGAGAGAAGUAGGAUUUUAAAUAUUUCAUAGCAUUCUUCUUUCUUCUUUCUUUUUACCAGAUGCCUUGAAAACAUUGUCGGAUUACGAUCAGGGUGGGGGUUUUCAGGAUCGGUUUCCUUUCCUUCUUGAUUGCAUGGUGUAGGUUUGCAAUGAGAGUUUGUCCUUUUUAUCUUUUUCUUUUUUUUUCCCCCCUUUUUGUUUUAGCCUUACAGAACAGAUGCCUUCAGUUUACACAGAGAAAGAUUGUCUAUGAUUAGAGCUAAUCCAGGAUGGCAGGAUUGGACCCCCACAGUGAAUGCUAGAAAAGUGAUUGCAAAAGUAUUCUGUUUCUCCUUUAUUAAUUACACAGGAAGUUUCCACUGAAGGCUCAUGUAGCAUAACUGGCCUAUGUAAUAAGUAGCAGGGCCUGUAAUUACAGUCUGUCUUCUGAUCCUAUCUGUGCUCUGACUUUCUAGGCACAGCAGUUCUAUUUACAUCUGUGUCUUUGUCACCUUUUAAAUUUUUGAUUGGUCACUAAGGGAAGUAGAGCACAAGCCGUGAGCCCUGCAGAGAUGCAGCCAGCUUAAACAAGGCAGCCUUCCUCCUCAGGUAUCCACCUGAUUUGGGACAUGGCACAGAGCAUGAGGAACAGGGGGAUUUUACCAGCCGUGCAGUGGGGGGAGUGGGCUGCAUGCUGUCUGGGUAUCUUUCAAGAUCUUGGUCGUCUUUGUAGGACAGGAAAAUUGAAACUUUUACAGGUCUUAACUGGUGUGCUAUCCUGUGAGGGAGUUUAUGUAUCAGCAUUUCCUUGCUCAGGGCAGUUUCUACAGGAUUUGACCUAUCUUUUCUGUAAGCAUCAGGGAGUUGUAGUUGCAAAGAGGUCCUUCCACAUAUGUCAUGAGGAGGGAGAUGACUUUUGGCAUCCUGCAGAGAAGCUGGGAUAGAAAUCCUGGUAUCAAUGUGUAAAGCAAGAGUAACUUGAGUGGAAGGGAGAAAGCGGUGAUUUAUGCAUGGUUCAGUACCAAGUGCACCAUCCCUGAGCACCAGUGAGCACAGGCUCAAGCAGAUCAGCCCACUGGGGUGAGACCUGGCAAUAAGUAAAUGCAUUCCCUGCAAAAGUGUUUGGUGCUGGUCACUCUGGUAGUAAUCUCUCAUCUCUUCGGAAAUGUGAGGGUGAAGCUACAGAAUGGUGCCUCCUGGUCUUCUUCUUCCAGGCAUACUCCCAGUGCUGCAUUUGGUCAGUAGAAAUGACAGCCAUUGUGUAAUCUAUGCAAAGAAAACAUUAACAAUCCACUAUGGAUACUUGGGAUGCUGUGUCCAUUCAACCGUUACGUAUAUUGUCCCUUUUCUGCAGCUUGCACUGUUACUUAAUUAUUUUGGGUCUGACUUCUGUUUAAAAACAACCCUCAACUAUUUUUUAUGUUUUUCUAACUCUACUUCUAAGAAAGCUGAUGCUUUAAAGGGAAAAAAAAACCAACCAAACCCUUAGUUUCAAACAUGGGUUUUUCAGGCUUCGAAAUUAAUAAUUUCUACACCUGACCCAGUUCCUGCAGCUGCCAAAAAAGAAAAGAGAAAGCUAUUUAAAUUUCUUAUAGAACCAUUUAUCUCUUAAAAUAUGCCAAGGCAAUUUGAGGUGGGGGUGGAGACUCAGCUAUUUAUCUCAGCGGCUUGAUUUUUCUCUUUAUGUUUCUAACUGUCAGGGGGGAAAAAAAAUGGUAGGAAGCUAUUCUUGGGCUAUUAUUGAUGUAUUGUGUUGCCAUUAUGCAGGAUGUCUGCUUUGCUAUAUACGGAAGGACAUUAAUAAUAGCCACGUCCCCUGCCCCCACCCUUGAUUCCUCUUUGGGAAGAUAUGGUUUAAACUGGAGCAUCUGCCGUGUUCAAAUUGCUGCUCACUCCUCCCCUUCCCCCAAUUCAUUCCCAAACUAGUUUUGGGAACUGGGCUAAGGGAAUAAGGAGACAGGUUUUUAUUUGCCAUUUUUCUGCCUGCUCGUGUGGUUGCUCCAGGGAAGUUAUUUCCAUGCCAUGUACAUGUCUGCCCUCUUCCUUCCCGUGUAUUGCCCCUCCUUUCAUUUUAAGUUCAUCAGCGCAAAAAAAUCCUCUUUUCUCACUGUCUUUUCCUCACAGAGGCCGGCUGGCAGAACGGGCUCAGCAACAGAGCUCUGAUUUGUUACUCCCUACAUUUCAAAUCAGAAACAUUGGUUUCAUUAUAUCCCGUAAGCAGGGAAAUGUAUUCCCAUUCCCAUCCCUCCUACCCCAGGUUUAGAACAUUGUUAUGAAACUUUAAAGGGUCCGUCCGCUUGUUUAAAGACUCGGAUGCUUGUUUUAUUUUUGGAAGCAGAGUGUACAGUGAACAGGAAUAGUUUUGAUGUUUAAAAAAUAGCCUCACUUCAGCAUUCCCCUGAAGUGCGGGAAGUUCUGUCUCCACAGGUCUGUGCCAGCAGCGUGACAGCCUGGAGAGCAAAGCCAAGCUGAGUAGGAAAAAGAAGUGGCCUGCCCCAGUUCAUCUGGGGGGAGAGAGAGGUGAAAAUAACAAAUGUGGCCCAAAAAAAUAAAGGGCACAAACACUUUAAUUCUUUUUAAUGUCUGUUCCUACAUCUCCGGAUAAUUUUGUCCUAUAGCUUUGCUUACUCAGCAUUUCUGGUAGUCGGGACCAUGUGCAUUUUCAUGGUGUCAUUCUUUAUAAUCAUCAUGUGUUCUGUCCUAGUCUUGCUUUGGUCCCUAUAUGGUACAGAGCCAUUUUGAUACAGGGACUGAAUUAAAACAAAGUUAGGAGCUCUGUCUAGGAAAGCUCACUUAGACUUUAGGACCAGAAAGUGCCACCAGAGUAUUUUCCAGUUCUGAAAUAUGCAGUCUAGAUGGGAAGAAUACCUUCAUUUGGGAAAGUGCUCAGGAUUCAAAAUGAAAGGGAGAUGGCCAUUCUUCUUCUUUUAUAGUAUAGUUUUUUCCUGCUUUUAUUGUCUUCCUUGGUGGUUGCCAAGGAGAAAAAUGCCUCCCUCUGAAAUGUUCCCUAAACUCAAGCCAGAGCCCAGCACCUCCUCUGAAAGUGUUUGCUCCAACUCAAUCUUGCUAUAGUGCUGCAGCAAAGGCGUGGGGAGGGCCUGCUAAUGAAGCAAUGUCCACCUGCUCCCUAGGGUGAGUCUGUGCCCAGCCUGGGACUUGAUCCUGCCUUCCUAUUGCAACUGUUUUGCAAGAAACAGGUGUGUUCUCUGCUGUGAGCUAUGGGACUGUGUGCAAUGAUUAGGUUUGCAGGGAGGGAGGAGAAGAUCCUGUUCCAAUUAGGCUGCCUUUCUGCUAAUGUUUCAUUCAAAGCAGCAUGAGAUGAGAGCAGUUUGCACUGAAAUGCACAGCCGGAGGUUGUGGUUUGCCUUUCAACUAUGUUGAGAUGGCACCCAUUGAAAAUACAGAACUGGGGCACUUUUUUUACAUCUGCCAAUGCUUUACUGACAGCUCUGUAUGGGUCAGAAACCCAUUUCGGUUUGGCAAAUGGACGUUUUCUGCCUUGUCUCUUGAGCCUGAUAUAGUUCUUUGCUUUAUCCACCUGAAAAGUAGUAUUUCUAAUGUGCCUAAUGCCUAAGUAGCUAAGCACCUGACAAGCAUCCAAGCAGAACGACCAGCAAGGUGAGGAGUAGGCUAUUAACAGAGCUGCCUUUAGUGUAUUCCACUUUCUUCACUAUGUGCCUUUUCAGAGACCUGCAGUGUUUCUUCAUAGGCAGCAGACAAAUAUCCCUAGUGUUGAGCAGCAAUGAGAACUAUGUGAAUGAUGUAGAGGAGCAAGAGGUUAAUUCUAAGCAUCAGUUCUCUGUUGGGAUAUGCAGAGCAAUGGCUUAUCCCAUCAGCACUGCUUGUUGUCUUGCUUAACACACCUCACUGUCUGGUAGGCAACUGUUCAUUAAGCAGAGGUACUUGGAUAUAUCUCCUCUAAUGUCUUUAUCUUAUCAGAACUCCAGAGUCAUUCAUAUCUGGGGAUUUUAUUCACUGACUAUCGUCUCUUAGAAGUUCUCCAUUGUUCAUUUUUUUUAUAUAAGAAAAUUUGAAGGUGAACCAAAGGCUGGGUGUUUGAUUGGUGCUACUUUACUAAAAAGGCUGAUGUGCUCUCAAUUCCAAUCCCUGAAAUCGUAUUUUGGGAAACUUCUCCCUGCUGUGAUCAGAGAGAAAACGCAAGCUUUAUUGGAAAUGCAGCAAUGGGAAUGAUUUGAUGGUUUAUCAUCACUAUGACCUCCUCUGCUGUCCCUCCAGAGAGCAAGGACUGAGUACUGGUAGAGGUAUGUGCAGAGCAGGGUUAUGCUUGGACUUUCUCAUGAUCUUGCUAGACAAGAUCUGCCUUGGUGAGACUUCAGUUUCUUUAAGGGUCCUAUAGUUUGCCAUGCCAUGGCUUGUGUUUAAAAUUGCAAGGAGAAAAUGCCCCCAGGAAUGUAUUUGUCCUACAUAGCUGCUAAGUUUUGGCCUAUCCCUGCCACCUAUAGAGCUGUCUGCUCUAGGGUUCACCGGUGAGGAUGGUUGGUGGAGGCACAGUAAUUCGUGGUGGAUGACGAGGCCAGGCGUGAGGUGGCAUUUCAGCUUUAUGGUGGCUGUUGGUUUAGCCUUUGAAAUAGAGAAGGUUUUGCAUUGUUGCCUUGGUUGCAGUUGAGAGGGAAGUGUGACUGACCACACUUCUUGUCCUGUGCCAGCGGACAGAGGCUCUCAGUGGCAGGGGAAGCAUCUUCCUUUUAAAUGUGAAUCACUAGGUAUCUGGGCAAGAAAGGGGCACAAGGAGAUAUUCCCUGUAUGAGAGAUGUCUUCUGCUGCACACUCCAUGCCCUCAGACCCUAAUGAAGUAACAUUACUUGAGCUUUUAGGACUGGCCUCUUAUCUGUCAGAGCUUGGGAGUACCAGAGUUUUUAGCCCUUGCUGAGCACAAGCACUAACAAAGUCUGCGAGGUGCCCAAUCCUGCUGAGGUUGGAGUUUCCCCGAAUCCUGCGAGUUGCUGAGUGCACCUCCUGUGAGCUUCUGCGUAGCCUCCCUUGUCACCAAACCCAUCAGGCCACUUGUCUCCUUCAUUGACUGCUUCCACGGGGCUAGGAGGGCAUUCAGGAAUUGCAACCAGCACCUCACAGGAUUGGUCUGCUGGGUAAUAUAUGAAGUUGUUUUUUUCUCUGGUAACUUGUGUGCAUGAAUUGAAACCCAUUUUAUUCCAGUUUGUUCUGAGGACAGAUGCAGCAUAUACACAUUUUCUAUAUUUAUAAAUAUAUAUAGAUAUAUAUAUUUUGUUCUCAGCUAGUUACCUCUUCUAAACUGCAAUUUUCAGAGCAACCGGCAUAUAUUUUUUAUCCAACACGUAAAAUGACUUUUUACAGUAAGAGAAUGAAAGCUGUUUGAAGCAUGUGUUUUCUGUAUUUUUAUUACACAUUAUCCAAUUAUAUUGAGAUGUAUUUUCCUCUCUGCUCUGCUCUCUCAGUCGUUAUCCUUUUUAUCAGUUAUGCUUUUCUAAUGUUUUGUAAGGGAAAAUAAAUAUGCAAAAUCGCCAGAUGCCUUUUUUUUUCUUUGCAGAAGAAGUAUCACAAAUGCUUUUUUGUUACAUUUUAC